AUGGAAAAAAUACAAUGGAGAGGUUUUAGGCAAGUUUCAAUUGCUCAUGAUAUCAGAAAAAAAGAAAAAAUUUCAAGAAAACUUUCUGAUCCAAUAAAGUUAAAAGUUGAACAAGAAGAAACGACAAAUAAAUUGUUACUUGAAUUAAUAAGAAAUACAUCAAUAAUUAAUCGUAAAAAUUCUAUUGAUAUUAUUAAAAUGAAAAUAGAAAAUGUAGAAAAGAUUGACAUAUCAGAUAAUGAAAAAAAAGAUAAAAAAUUAAAACAAUUAAACUCUGUUGAAUUGUAUGAAUGUUUACAAAACAAUAAGAUUGAUGAAAAUGUCAUUUACACAUUAACUAGAAGGACAAACUCUCCAAGGCAAUUGACUCAAAUUUUACAAACUGCAGCUAGGAUAUAUGAGAAAGAUAAAUUAAAAAAACAAUCUCUUAUAACGGCAAAUUGGUUAUCUAAAUUUGAAACAUUGGAUUUUUUAUUAACUACUAGAAAUUCUGUUAUUUCUAAUCAAGUUAUACCUAGGCGUUGCCUAUCAGAAAAUACUUUAGAUGUUUUAUUAAAGUCUAAUACUUUUGUUAAAAAACAUUUUAGAAGUAAUUUAAAUUCAACAACAACUCCCAGAAGUGUUUCACCAACAGAUGUUAAAGUAUUUUUUGAUUCUAAUAACAAUGUUAAUAAUUCAUCUAAAAAUUCAGAUUAUUUUAAAGGAAAAAAAAGAGUAUCAUUUUCAGCUCCAACUGGUUCAUUAGUUUUAUCAUGUAACGAUAAUAAUAAUCGUACUAAAGCAAUGCGACCAAUAGUUAAAAAAGAAUUUCAACCAAAUUCAGAAUAUCCUUUAUGUCAUAUGGAUUAUGAAUCAUUUAAAGCUUGGAGACGUGGUAGCAAAAUGAGUAACGAAACAUUAAAAGAUUCAGAGUCAUCUACUAGUAAAUUUAAUUUUAUUAAAAAGUAUUUUAGAAAAAAUAUAUCUUUUAAUAGUCCACGUAUUAUCACAAAAAGUAAAGAAAAUGUUACCGAAUGCGGUAGAGAAAUUAAAAUACAAAAAGUUUAUUCAAAUACUAAUAACAAAUCAAAGAUAUCAAAUUUUAAAAAUAUCUGCUGCCAAAGUUUUACAAACUGUUUUCGUACUAAUAUAAAUGCUGUUUAA